CUGCAAAUCUCUCUCUUUGAAGUAACGCCAAGAAGAUGUGCGGCGGUGCUAUCAUCUCCGACUUCGUCCCAGCCCACUGCGGCCGGAAACUGAUGACGGACGAUCUCUGGUCGGAGCUCGAUCCGUUCUCCGAUCACUUCGGUCUGGACCUUUCAAGUUCAAAUCAGUCUGAGAAGAAGACCAAAUCUCGCAAGCCGAAGCAACUCAACAAAGGGACGAGCGAGAAAGCUGCGCGGACGAAAAGUGAGACUCAGAGGACUCGAAAGAACGCGUACAGAGGAAUCAGGCAAAGGCCAUGGGGGAAGUGGGCGGCUGAGAUUCGCGAUCCUCAUAAAGGCGUCCGAGUCUGGCUCGGAACCUACAACACGGCUGAGGAAGCAGCCAGAGCCUACGACGAGGCCGCCAAACGUAUCCGCGGUGAUAAGGCCAAGCUCAACUUUGCUCAAUCACCGCCACCGCUGCCGCCACCGGCUAAGAGGCAGUGCGUCAUCCCCGAGUCGACUCAGGUGAGCUUCCAUGGUUAGGAAUUUUAAUCAAAA